CGGCUUGGCUCUCUACAAUAUGGGUGUCCUCACAUGUGAUAUGAACAAAUUCUUCUUCAAACAUUUGCUUGUUGACCACAUCCAAUGUCCUGAGUGGUGAUCACCGUCGUAAUGGAUAGCCCACCCAAACUAGCUGGAGAAACUCUGAUUGUCCACCACAUCCCACUGGUGCACUGCCAGAUACCUGAUCGCCAGUGCCGUCCAACCUCCAAAAGGACCCACUCCUACAGCAAGAAUGACCUGGGGAUUACCCGAACCACCUCCCUUCCAGAAAGGGACCUUUCUCAGGCCGACUCUCUGGUGUACAGUAGUUUAAUCCAAGUUUCUGACUCAACAGUGAAAAAAAAGGUGAGCAAGAAGGACAAGGAAUGGCCGGGAAACAUAACUCGGAAGCGCCACAACCCGUUCCUCCUAAACGAUGAGGAGGAACGUAUCACAGCUAGCAGCUGUGAUGUGGAAAAGUCGUUCCAUCUCCACAACAAUAUAGGUGGGCUGAAAUCAGGAUUUCAGUUCCAAGAUCUGUCCUUGCCACCUUUCCACCUUCAUGAUACCCCACCCGUGGUGAAGCCUUGGAUAUUGUCAGGCAGGUCAGGACUUGUUGAUGGACAAGAAGAGAAGACAUCACCUGAUUACUUACAAAAAGGCAGUAAUGGCAACCAAGGUGUAUCGGGCAUAAUCAUGGAAGACCAGGCUUGGCCUAAUCAUGGCGAGCCGACCUUUACUCUAGAUUGGAAUCAGAGCUCUGAUUUGGGGAGCCAAGAUUUUCAGAGAGAGUGCACAUGCACUGGUUCAGAGCCUCUUAGACACUGCCGAUGCUAUAGCGCCUCAAGCCAGUCUGAAAUGGACCAGCAGGUGAGCUAUGUCAGCGACUCAUCCUGCAACAGUUCAGAUGGAAUCCUGGUCAACUUCAGCACUUUAUAUAACAAGAUGAAUGGACAUCCCAGGUCCAACAUGAAUUCUGGUAGUCUCUCAUGUGACUCCUCAUUUUGUAGCCACCCGGACACAGGUGCUUUUUAUCUUGACCUGCAGAACUCACCUACGGAAUCCAAAACGUCUUGCGACUCGCAUGUUCAAGAAUCUUCUGGAAAGCCAUGCGGGUGUACCAACUACUCCUCUUCUCCUGUUUUGGAUGCCAACUGUAACUCUUACCAUCUCAAUUGCGAUUCAGCUCAGUGUAAUGGAGAGAGCUCAGAUCUAACCUCUUGUUUGCAAAGCCAGGCCAGACUUGUGGUGGCCACUCAGAAUUAUUAUAAGCUGGUCACUUGUGAUCUGUCAUCUCAGUCUUCUCCUAGUCCUCCUGGUUCUUCUAUUACCAGUUGCUCAGAUGACCACACCAAAGGGAGUCCAGUUCAGGCAACUGAGUAUUUUCUCUUUCAACAGCCAGAUAGUAGUUCAGACUCAAGUGAUUCUAAACCUGUUAUAGAAACAUCAAAGUCCGACAUCAUUGAGGGCCAAGUUUAUGUUAACGUGUCCCCGCCAAACUUUAAUACAGGCAGGCAAAGAUCCAGAAGUUAUGAUCGCAGCUUGGACAAGAGCUCUUCAAACCAACUGGGAUCCCUGGAGCGUAUGAUGAGUUGUCCUGUAAAGCUAAGUGAGGGCCAAGCUUUGCUUUCCCAAGAAUCAUCUCCAAAGAGAGUGACAUCAUUUAUGGAAUUAGCCAAGAGCAGGAAGAAAAAUGGUACCAGCCCUCCUUUAAGGUCCAGUGGAGACUCUUCCCUGGAGUUCUCCCCUGUCGCCGAAUACCAUCGAGACGGUACCAGAGGUUCAGAACGUGCAGAGUUUCGUAGCCACAGCCUUCCACCUAUGUCCUUCUUGCAUUGUAUGAGUCGCACUUGUGAAGGCUGUGCCAGUGAUACCCUGGAAGCUAAACCCACAAGUUCUAACCCAACAGCUAAUGCUAACCAAGCCAGUGCCAACAAUGGUGGAGGUAGUGAUCACAUCUUGACAUGCAGUGGUCUGGAUUCAGGAGGGGCUGGGAUCAACUUCCUUCAAAGAGAUUUAAGAGCAAAAGGAGACGGAAUGGGUGCCGAGGCCAAACCUGUGUUCCGCUACAGCAAGGACCAACGCCCGACAACGCUGCCCAUCCAACCAUUCGUGUUUCAGCAUCAUUUCAGCAAGCCGAAAUCUCGCCCAUUGCACAGCCACUUCACUUCCAGCCUUUCCCAGCUCUAUGGAUUGUCCAGCAGCCGGUCAUCCAGCCAGCACAAUGUGUCAGAGACCCAGUCGUCAGCCCCAGUCACGCUGUCCGGGCAAGCGGAAGCAUCCAGUGGCCAUCCUAGGAUGAUCAAUGUGGUUGGGAAACUGUCUUUGGAUGGGCUGGUGAAUACUAAAGACGAGCAGAAUGCAUCGCAGGUCCCAGAUACAACCCGGCCCUCACCACUGGGCAGCUACUCUCCCAUCAGGAAUGACGCCACUUACUUUCAGAGCAUGGACUCUGGAUCAUCUAGCUCUCCAUUUCCAGAGAAGACCAAGGAGAACCAACCUCCCAGGAGCCGCUCCUGCCCGAUGUCGGCCAACCUCUUGCCUUUUAGGUCAACGCAAGCCAGGGGCACCACACUUCCGGGAGCGGUCAAAUCCACCCAAAAGUAUAAGGUCUCUCCUAAAGCAGAGGUUCAGAAGUCGAUUGUGAAACGAGAACCUUUGAAGGAAGCCAGCACACAGGUAUCCAAGCACGGCCUUCCUCCCAUUACAUCACUGCCUCUGCUAAACACCGUCCUUCAGGAGGUCACCAAUGACAUUCCUCCAAAGGAAGACGACAAAGUGAAGAAUUUUCCAGAGAAGAUCAUGAUGCCAAGACCAGUGAAUGGAAAGCCUUCGUCUAUCUGUUCCAGCGACUUUUUCCCGGAUUAUUUUUCCGUCACGGAGCGCCCCCCAGCUGAGUUCUGCCUGUCCCCUGAUGGCAGCGCCGAAUCUGUCUCCAUCGAUCUCCUACAGAAGAAAGGGCUGGUGAAGGCCGUCAAUAUUGCCGUCGAUCUGAUUGUGGCGCACUUUGGCACCAGCCGAGACCCCGGAGUAAAGGCCAAGCUGGGGAACAGCUCUGUCAGUCCCAACAUCGGGCACCUGAUCCUGAAGUAUCUGUGCCCGGCGAUCAGGGACAUCCUAAGUGACGGCCUCAAGCCAUGGGUCCUGGAUGUGAUCAUCGGGCAGAGGAGGAACGUGUCAUGGACGGUGGUGGAGGCCUCCACACAGCUGGGUCCUUCUACCAAACUGCUGCACACCUUGUGCCAGAAGGUUAACCAGUAUUCCGAGCUGUCCAAUCACAGCCUGCGUUUCAAUGCCUUUAUCUUUGGCCUUCUCAACAUCCGUUCGGUUGAGUUCUGGUUUAACCACCUGCAUAACCAUGAAGACAUUAUCUGGGCUCACUAUGACCAGGUCGGCUUCCUGUCCGUGUCUCAUGGUGUUUGCCAGCCACUGUUUGAAGAGCUCCUGCUUCUCCUACAGCCUCUUUCUCUUUUACCCUUUGACCUGGACCUACUGUUUGAACACCAUCUCGUCCAGAUGAGCAGAGAGCAGCAGCAGAAGAAAGAGAUGCUCCGUGUGAAGCAGGACCUGCUCCAGUCUGUUCACUCCACCCUUCAGCUGAUGAGAAGCCGUGAUGAGGAGGAGCAGGGGAUCCAAGAGAAGAAAAGCCUCGAGAAGACAUCCUUAGAGUCCUCUGAUUUCGAGAGGCCCACAGGAGAAGGAGCUGCCUCUGUUGAGGUUGGUGAAGAGCAAAAGAAAGAGAAUGCCAUGGAGAUAAAAAGAGACAAACAAGCUGGGUGGUGGUACCAACUGAUGCAGAGCUCUCAAGUCUACAUCGAGAACUCCUCUGACACCACCAGGUUCACACGCCAGGAUAGGCGAAGACCAGGAAAUGGUGGCACUCCUAAAAAAGUACCACCACCCAGAGAGGGAGUUGUUGAAGGAGCUGAGGCCUGUCCUACUGUGGAAGGAAUGUCAGAGGAGAAGCCAUCAAAGAAAGACAGAGUGGAGAACAGACAGAAGGAAGAGAAAAAGUCCUGGAUGGGUAGCCCUCCCGAGUCCGUGCUCAAUGAACUUAAACAUGGGCAAGAGAAGGAGAGUCAGAGCUCCCAAAAGGACUCUCAGCCCAGCGGACAAGAGGCAGCAAAAGAGAACAUACAGGGAAGUCCAGUCAGGAAAUGGGGGCACUUGUUUGGAUCCAGGAAACCCCUGAGUGAAGCCAAGCAGACAAACAGGUUACCCUCGGGCUGGCUCAGCCUGGAUAAGUCGGUGUUCCAGAUGGUGGCUCAGAGCGUGAGCGCGGGGAUCUGGGGAGAAGCAGCUCCUGAGAAGGAAGCCACGGCAGGAUCAGAAGCGGGAGCUGUGUCCCUCUCUCCAUCUUCCCAGAGUUUUCGACAGGUGAACCCCGCCUGCCAUCGCGCAGAUCCGAAGCAGCCGGACCUCAGCUUCAUGUAUGACGCGCACUCUGACCGCCUGCAGCGUGGCCUUGGAAACCGGCAUGGCCUGUUGCCCCUAAAGUUCGUCACUCAGCCCGACAGAGUGGACUCCUAACAAUCGCUGGGACUGUUUACUCGAGACACUUAAGGACGGGGUUCAUGAUGACGCAGCACGAGGAACGCACCAAGAGCUUUCUGGUUCUUUGGUACGAAUGGAGCACUCAAGAUGUCCACUGGCUUUUUUUGUUUUAACCUCUGCGAGGAAAAAAAUGGAAAGCAUUACGAUUACAAUUUGACGAGCGUGGCGGGGUCGGCCACGCUAAUACAGUAUUCUUUCUCCCUGCGCCCAAACCAUCGUGCACGUGUGCUAGCCAUUUUAUUGACGUGAGCUCUGCAUGCAGACAUCAUAGGAGAAAAUGUGACUCCCCCCCCCAAUGCUUUCAUAGUCGGUGACCUGAUUCUCUCUGCGCUCCUGUACUUAGCACUUAUAUUCCCAAGUAACGUUUUGAAAAAGUUCUAGAUGUUUUUUUUUUUUUACCAUCUUUCGAGAAACGUGAAUGAAAAAAAAAAAGAUCUGGUGACUGACCCAAAGAACUUUCAAUCUGUUACUUGGUUACCUGAAGCACAGGGCAUGAAAAUGAGAUGAUGUCAUAUGUAAAUUCUGCUUCAAACUAUGUUACAAUGUGUCCAUUUAAUAAUCUGAGAGUGAGGUUCUACGGGCAAGAGAUGGAGGUGGAAUACAU